AUGUCAACUUCCUGCAACAACAAUUAUGAUUAUAGUUAUUCCUCCAGCUCUUCUGACGAGGAUUCCAGAGCUUCCGCAGCCAAAUCAAAAGCUAAGACAACUCAUGAUGAGGGGGCAAAGCCUAGCGUACCCCUUAAUGAUCGGAGGGUCACUUAUGCUGAGCUUAUAAAGAGAAAAGCCGAGGAUGAUGAGGCAGAGGAUCGUCAUCGUAGAAAGGAUCGAAUCCGGCGCAAAAUACUAGCGGCUGAGGAGAGACGUCGAUUCGUUUAUGGGAUACCUUCUGACUAUGAUGCUGACUCUUUCGAAGAGGAAAAUACGUGGGUGUUACCAGAGCGCAAGGUCAAUCCUGACCGUCAUAUCAGAGAGUUCCAAAAGACUAUGAAACAAAUUGAAGCUGAAGAAGACUCGGACUCGGACGAUCCUUAUACCUAUCCAUACUUCAUUAAUGGUCCUGACGGCGAUUCUGACGAAGAGGAGGAUUCCGAGAAGGAUAGUGAUGACGAAUCUGAUAACUCGGAUGAAUCCGACGAGUAG